ACCCCCUAUUUCAGUACCCUAACGUUGGUCGUUGGACGUUGUUAGUGUGUGAGCAGAGUUCCUUCAUUUAUUCUGCAUCAUUCUGUGUUCCUCUUCCUGCGUAGUUUUGUUGACGACUUGGCAUGCUCUUCUGUGUUUGUUGUUUUAGUGUACUUAAAUGCAUUUUGGGAUUUCAGUUACACAGUCGCCACGCCGUAAGCAAAUUUUCCACCGUGGUCAUCACGCAGCUCAUUCGGAUUAGAUAUUAUUGAUUAGAUAAUCGGGCUAUCUAUUUGAAAGAAGUACCAGUAUGUAUGACAACGAAGGUAUGUCGUCUGACGACGAAGCUGCCGGUCGUGCCACUAUUCGUGUGAGUGUCGGCGAAGUCAACUUGAUAGCGAUUCUGGACAAACAAUGCGCAUUGAACGCCAUACACAAGAAAAUUCUCAACAAGAUAUGCGAACAAGACCGGUGUAAAAAAACAUUCGACGAUGGUGUAGAUAUCGAAUUGGAUAUUAUCAUAGAUGGACGUCCAGUGAAGACUUCGUUCCAUGUUGUGGGUGGUCUUUACGCUGAUAUGAUCUUGGGGAAAAAAUUUUUCGUUGAGACCCAGGCGCAUGUAUAUUUAGAACUGAAGCUGUUAGAAUGGUCGUCUAAAAAAACCACGAUCACCACUAAUUUAUUGCAGAACAAUUAUAGCAGAGCUGCGUCGAAAGCUAGGGAAAAAUGGGAAAAAACAACAGAUGAAGCGAAGGAAAAACUUGUGGACGUUUUUGAGAAGUUUGGAUUUACUGCACCAGCACCGCGAAAGGAAGAUUCCGAUGAAGAAGAAAAUGAAGAGAAGACAGCUACGAAAACUUCCAAAGAGAAGAAGAAUUCGUCGAAGAAUAAGAAAAAAUUUGUGAAAUUCUUCAUCGUACAAAAAGUGAAAUGGGAUAAAAGCAAAGGAAAAUGUUCCGCGUAUUAUGGUGUGUCUUCUCCGCAAAAAAACGUUUCGUUCGUAACCGGUGAGAAAUUGAAUCCUAAGGAAAAGUCUGCCGAAGGUUACUAUUUGGAAGCGCUCAGAUAUGCUUUUGAAACGGCCGAUCAGAAGGAUAUCGAUUAUUUGCAUGUAGUAGGAGAAGUUCAGAAUUCAUACGCGAUUGAGCUUAUGAAGAAUUACAGAAGUGAAUUAGACGGGGGCCAAAUGUUUCAUCAAGCUCAGCCUAUCGGCCUUGAUGCAUGCGGCGAUCUAGGCAAUUAUUACAAUGCCUGUUUCGGUGUAGCGAAGUUUGAAUAUGUGAAGUUUGAAUGUGUUUCCGAUGACGACGAAACUUACGGUGAAAUGAUUCACCUUAGAAAGCUCGUUGAUGAUUUUAUGAAUAGAAAUCCGAAGUAACGUCAAGUUUUAUUUUGUAUGUACCGAUUAACUGCUCGUUUCAUUGAGUAUUUCGUUUUCGUAUUGCUAUUAUUUUAAGAUUUGAAUUUAUAAUUUUGUGAUUAAGUACGUUAUUUUUUUAUGUUCGUGCACAGGAAUUACGAAUCCGAUAUUCGUCUUAUUAGUUGAAUAAAAAAGGUUUCUUUCAA